AUGAGCAUCAACCACGAAGCGACGGAUUUUAGCUUCAAGUCCAGCAAACUGGUCAUCCUGAAGGACCUGAAGGCGAAGCUGAAGGGUUACCUGUUCACUGGCGAUUACAUCAAACAUCCCGUGCUGUACGAGCUGAGCCAUAAGUAUGGUUUGGCGGACAAUGUGUCCGAGCACCUGCUGCCGGACCGGCUGGAAGAGAUCAAGGAGGCGAUCCGGCGCGAGAUUCGGAAGGAGCUAAAAAUCAAAGAGGGCGCCGAGAAGCUGCGCGAAGUCGCCACCGACCGCCGCUCGCUAUCCGACGUGGCGAUGAUCGUGAAGAAAAGCAACAACAAGCUGGCCGAGCUCAAGUCCGAGCUGCUCGAACUGGAAAGCCAAAUCAUCUUGACGCAGGGCAACAGUGUCAGCAGCAACAAUGGUGGACAAGAUCAAAUACUGUCGACCGUCAUACCGAGCGGACCGGAGCUGACCACCAACGAUAAGCUGCUGAUACCGCUCGAGAAGCAGCUCAGCAUCGAGACGAAGGUGAAGAACGGGGCCGAAAACAUGAUCCAAUCGAUCUCGAACGGGCACCACGGGCGUGACAAGAAGCUGCUGGCCGAGGCGCACCAGAUGUUGGCCGACUCGAAGGCGAAGAUCGAGUACCUGCGCCUCAAGAUACUGAAGGUGCGCCAGAACAAGCUCAACGCAAAGUCGCUGUCGGAGGAGAAUGGCGACGGGUCCGGGUCGGCGGCGUCGGCCGCGACCUCCUCGGUCAAGCAACCGCAGCAGGAGCUCGAGACGUCGCUGGAGGACCGCAUCGAGGAGUUGCGCCACCGGCUCCGGAUAGAGGCGGCCGUCGUCGACGGGGCCAAGAAUGUGAUUCGCACGUUGCAGAGUACAAAAACGUUCGACAAGAAGGCGCUCCAGGAGGCUCAAGGUCGGCUGUCGGAAUCGUCACGCAAGCUGGACCUGCUCCGCAAAGCGCUCGAGCUGCGCCGGCUAGAGCUUCCACAGGAUUGCCCCACGGCACAGCAGCUGAAGGCGGAACUGCAGAAUGUUCAAGCGUCAAGCCCGGGCCCUGUGCAGUACACGAUGCGGAACUCGUUUCGCGGCAGCUCACAGAGCGGUAAACCAACGCAGAACCAGCAAUCGUUCAGCCGCUGUGCGGCCGUCACCGGGAAGCUCGAGGUGCGAUUGAUGGGAUGCCAGGACCUGCUGGAGGACGUGCCGGGCCGAUCGCGUCGCGACAAAGAGUCGGGCUCCUCGAGCCCCGGUGAUCUGAAGAGCUUCGUCAAGGGCGUCACGAGCCGCAGCUCGUCCAAGAGCUACAGCGUCAAGGACGAAACGUCAUCGGAGAUUAUGGCCGUGAUCAAGCUGGACAACAUCACCGUCGGUCAAACGUCCUGGCGACCCUGUUCGCAGCAGGCCUGGGAUCAGCGGUUCAGCAUCGAUCUAGACCGAUCGCGCGAGCUCGAGAUCGGCGUGUACUGGCGCGACUGGCGUUCGCUGUGCGCCGUCAAGUUCUUGCGCCUGGAAGAGUUUAUCGACGACAUUCGGCACGGGAUGGCGCUGCAGCUCGAGCCGCAGGGCGUCCUGUUCGCCGAGAUCAAAUUCCUCAACCCGAUGAUAUCGCGCAAACCGAAGCUGCAGCGCCAGCGCAUGAUCUUCAACAAGCAGCAGGUGAAGAACAUUCCGCGCGCCAAGCAAAUGAACAUCAACAUCGCCACCUGGGGCCGGCUGCUGAAGCGUAACACCACCAGCGGUGGCAGUAACACGUCGUCCGCCGCCAGUACGCCCCUGCAGGGUGCGCUGGCCGCUAGCACGACGCCAUCCACGACACCUUCCACGCCCAGUGCGACCGCGCUGUCGUUCGAUCAGCUACCGGACGAUCCGGUUGAAACGCUGGGCGAAUCGGCCGACCAUAACGUCGUGGGUCUUGGCGGGGGUCGUCCACUCGGCAUCCACGGCGUCAACGUGCUACCGGAAAGUCCUUCGUCACACUCGCUGCAAAAUCAGGCCACACCGAGCCACCGACCGUUGCCACCGACGCAGUCGAUCAGCACGCCAUCCAGCUUCCGACAGCAGAAGAAACAGCCGAUGCCAUCACCGAGGCAAGCAGCGUCACCACCAAAUAUCGAUCAAGAGUUGGAGUAUGCAUUAAGCAAAUUCGAUUUUCUUCACCAGCACGAUAGUCUCGGUGGUGGUAGUGGCCUUGGUGGUAGUUUAGAAGAACCCAGUGCCGGUGGACCAAUAAAGUAUUGUGAUAGCAACGUGACGCAACCGUCUCCCGGUGGUAUUGGCAACGCGGGCACCAGUCCUCUUUCGUCGUCCUCUCAUUCACUGUCCUCGUUGACCGCGCACCGGCCACCGGCCCCGUACGAUGAGGAUCACGAGGAGGACGAUAUUCCACCGCCCCCGUUACCGGCGACACCGCCACCAGUGAUGCGCGGUCGCCACGAGCUCAAAACCCUAAGUUAUUCUCUCGAUGAAGAUCGCCAAUCGUCAGUGGCGGCGGCCGCGGCUCAGUCACCACCAUCAUCAGCAGUAUUACAAAAAUCCCUCUCCGUUGAUCUGUUGCGACCGGUUCUGUCGCUACCGCCACCCAUACUGUACGGCGGUAGUGGCCCUAUUGGCAACAACGGUUACUACCACCCUGCUGGUGCGUACGGUGGUGGUGGCGGCAGUGGCUAUCGGAACAAUCGCGACAGUUACUAUAGCACCGUAUCGUCGACGGGAAGCCCAAUCGUAGAGGAACCACCAUCACCGGCGCCCAGCCAGAUGCCGUACGUGCAAUUUCCGGAAGACGACGAAACCUACGACAGUAUCAUUGAGAUUCUUCCACCAUUCGAGCAGCUCACCGUCGGGGGUAAUGUGGUCCCUCCGCCGUUACCACCUCAUCACCACCAUCAUCAUCCCGCUUCGGCGGCGAUAGCAGCCCAAGCGGCCUCAUUGGCCGCGGCUGCAGCAUUGCAGGCCCAACAACAACAGCACUAUUAUCAGCAGCAACAGCAACAACAGCAGCUUUUACUGCAACAACAGUUGCCACAACAGCAACCGCAACACCAUGCGCAACCAUCUCCAGGAGGCGAAGCGGCGGCCGGAGUAGUUGCCGCUGGUGGUCCGCCCGUGAACCGUCGGCCGGCUGGUCCAGCCCGAACGCUCCAGUAUCGUGAUAGCGCUUACGAAAGCCGCCGUCAAUCGCAGGCCGGUGGCGCAGCGGCCGCCGGUGGUGUUAAUGCCGCAGCGGCUGCAGCAAUGUCGCUCGAUAGCUUCCGAAUGCUGAGCGUGCUCGGUCGGGGCCACUUUGGCAAGGUGAUACUGGCGCAGUACAAAAACUCGGGCGAGUACUUCGCCAUCAAAGCCCUGAAGAAGGGCGACAUCAUUGCGCGGGACGAAGUGGAAUCGUUGCUCAGCGAAAAGCGCAUCUUCGAGGUGGCCAACACGAUGCGCCAUCCAUUCCUCGUGAACCUGUUCUCGUGCUUCCAAACAGAGCAACACGUCUGCUUCGUGAUGGAGUAUGCGGCCGGCGGUGACCUUAUGAUGCACAUUCACACGGACGUGUUUUCAGAGCCGCGUGCCGUGUUCUAUGCGGCCUGCGUCGUACUGGGUCUGCAGUAUCUGCACGAGAGCAAAAUUAUCUACCGUGAUUUGAAACUCGAUAAUCUGCUGCUGGACACGGAAGGUUACGUAAAGAUUGCCGAUUUUGGUCUGUGCAAGGAGGGUAUGGGAUUCGGUGAUCGCACCGGAACGUUCUGUGGUACGCCUGAGUUUCUGGCGCCGGAAGUGCUCACCGAAACGUCUUACACGCGGGCCGUCGACUGGUGGGGUUUGGGUGUGCUGAUAUUCGAGAUGCUGGUCGGAGAGUCUCCAUUCCCGGGCGAUGACGAGGAGGAAGUGUUUGAUUCGAUCGUAAACGACGAGGUGCGCUACCCGAGAUUCCUCUCACUGGAGGCCAUCGCCAUUAUGAGAAGGCUACUGAGAAAGAACCCGGAACGUCGGCUGGGUUCGUCGGAGCGGGAUGCGGAAGACGUUAAGCGCCAAGCCUUCUACCGUAACAUUGUCUGGGACGAUCUGCUACUACGGAAGGUGAAACCACCGUUUGUGCCAACCAUUCGCUCUCCUGAGGACGUGUCGAACUUUGACGAAGAGUUUACGUCCGAAAAACCGGCACUGACACCGCCGAAAGAUCCCCGCAUUCUCACCGACGAUGAGCAGACCUACUUUAAGGACUUUACCUACAUGGCCGAAUGGUACUGAAAUGGCGGUGGCGCAAGUUUGCAAAGGUACAACAAGGUGGGUUUGGUCCUCUGUGUCUCGUCGUUUGCUGUGAUCCGGCAAUCCAGGAGCCACAUGUUGGUCACCAGCAUCAGCACUACUCUUACUACUACCAGCUACUCUAGAACCCAUAACCUCCUGUUCCCGUGUCUGCGUGUGUAUGUGUGUGUGUUUGAGUGUAGUCUAGGGCUUAAAAUAACCAAACGCAAAGUUGAAUGGAACUUUGAUAUGGAACCGGACAAGGCGGAAUUCUUGUUAUCCAGAUAGGGUGUGCAAGCAUGUGGAAUCUAGUGCUGCGCUAUCAGGCAGACAUCGUUAUGUGCAUGAUUUUGAUUAGGAAAAAAGAUACGCCCGGAGCGCGGUGCCUUUAGCGAGGUUCAUGAGUCAGGAGGAAAAGCUGUUACUACUAUUACUAAUGCCUACCGGCGAGGGACACGUUGAGUGACAAGGGCACCCCACAUGCCCGAUGAUAUAAUGGGAUCAGUCACCCUCCCCAUCGGUCAGAUAACUCUUUUUUCCGAAAGUGUCGUAAUAAACGAGACACGCACUGGUAAGCUCGUUUGCGCAGGGAGAAGAUAGUCCAAAUGUACCCAAAGCUGCCGCAGGAAUUGUUGUUAGGGCGAGCUGGAGAUAGCAAGUGGUAAAUGUUUUUUUUUCUAUUUCGUUUUCUUCGGUAGUUUGAGUUCUAGUGCCUCAGGCAGGUCGAUGCAUUUCGUUUGCAUAUUUUUAAUGCAGUGUUAUUGUUCGCAAGGGCGUCGUUUAAGUUUAGAAACUAUCAGGAGGGUGCACUAUUAUGUUAUUUAACAGUGUCUGGAUGGUCUGUUCUACGCCACGCAUGCCCCAGUUGUUGAUCCCGCACCCAGACAAGUUAUGGUGGUCAUUCCAUUGACCAAAUAAUGCGCAACUCAUUGUUUUUUGUCUGUUGUUUCUUCUUUUAUGUGCCUUCCGCAUAUCAUGUUCGAGCACAGAAUAGAGCCGACCCCGGGGCCUGGUGGUAGACAAUCAAGCAAGUUAAAAAAUUGUGCACAGAAUAAUUUACUAUCAGUGAGUGGAAACACAUCUUCGAAGCACCCAACACAACGAAGGGGUUGGCGAAUCGCUACCACUACUAUUACUACUAUUUAUGUUGAGAGUGUCCGUAACACACACGUUAGCCUUAAGUAGCAUAUUUUUGCGUUUGGUUCCAUUCCUUAACACGGGGGCAAAAGAAGCGGUCAACAGCUUGCUGCUGGAAUCAGAUGCCGAUCGGUAAAUACGACGUGAGCACACAGGACUACACGAUUAAGGUGUUUAUUAUUGUUGAAUAAUAAACCAUCAAUAUAAUGAUGAGAUCAAUAUAAAUUGUAUAUACAAAAGAAUGGUUAUACCUUAGUGUAAAUCGGUUCGCUUAACAACUGUAGGCAAAACGAUGGUAAAAGCGUUAUUGGCAGAAUAGUAAACGGAAAAGAAAUCGACAACGGGAGCCACACUACAUUUUUGUAUGCAUUUCGAUUCGGAAGGGAAGAAAAUGUGCGAUCAGUUAUCACACACAAUACA